AUGGAAAAGCACAGACCUCCGGAACAUAAUGGCUACCCCAUACCCCAGCCUGACUACCAAGGACCACAGGGUCCUUAUCCAGGCCCUGGGGUUGGCUACCAAGGACCCCAGGGUCCCUAUCCAGGACCCCAAGCUGGCUACCCAGUCCCACCUGGAGGUUAUGCAGGUGCUGGCCCAGGUGGCUUUCCUGUCCAAAAUCAGCCAGCAUACAAUCAUCCAAGUGGGCCUGGAGGGACCCCAUGGAUGCCUACACCACCUCUUCCGCUGAACUGUCCACCUGGGUUGGAAUACUUAACUCAGUUUAUUCAAAAGUUCUUAACAGGCUUUGAAACAAAUAACAAAUAUGAAAUCAAGAACAGCCUUGGGCAGAGAGUUUACUUUGCAGUGGAAGACACUGACUGCUGCACCCGAAACUGCUGUGGAGCAUCUAGACCUUUCACCUUGAGGAUCCUGGAUAAUCUGGGCCAGGAAGUCAUGACUCUGGAGAGACCCCUGAGAUGCAGUAGCUGUUGCUUUCCCUGCUGCCUCCAGGAGAUAGAAAUCCAAGCUCCUCCUGGCGUGCCAGUAGGGUAUGUGACUCAGACCUGGCAUCCUUGUCUGCCAAAGUUCACUCUUCAAAAUGAGAAGAAGCAGGAUGUCCUAAAAGUUGUUGGUCCGUGUGUUGCCUGCAGCUGCUGUUCAGACGUUGACUUUGAGCUCAAGUCUUUAAAUGAAGAAACUGUAGUUGGCAAAAUUUCCAAGCAGUGGUCUGGUUUAGUGAAAGAGGCCUUCACAGAUGCAGAUAACUUUGGGAUCCAGUUCCCGCUAGACCUUGAUGUGAAGAUGAAGGCUGUGAUGCUUGGAGCGUGUUUCCUCAUAGAUUUCAUGUUUUUUGAAAGAACUGGAAACGAGGACCAAAGAGCAGGAGUAUGGCAGUAG